CAGACAACCGACGGCGAGAAAAAAGAGCGAGGGAAAAGGCGAGAGGGAAGCGAAAGCAAAAAGACAGAUGAAAGAGUUGGAUACUGCGGAGGGAGCCCACCAAAUACCUGAAUAUACUCUUUAAAUCAUGCCGCUGCACAAAUCAACCCGGGCCCCUCGGCUGGACCCUACCAUGAUCUCUGCGCCACUGGGUGACUUUCGCCACACCAUGCACAUUGGGAGGGGAGGUGAUGCCUUUGGGGACACCUCCUUCCUGUCCACUCUCGGCCCAAGCCCGAGCCCGACCCAGAGCCUGUCCAGCCCUGACCUGGGGAGUCCAGGGAUCACGCCAACUGCUGACCCUAAGGUGUCAUUCAACCACAGUGAUCUUUAUACAGAUGCUCCAGGGAGCCCACAGAACAAUGAGCUUCAGCACUCUGAGUCAGUCUCCUCAUUCACCCUGGAUCUGGACCUGGAUCUGGAUCUAGGCCCGUCUAUGCUGGGGGAUGUACUAGGGGUGAUGGAUGGUUUAGAGCUGGACUCCAAUGAGGGGGAUAUGUUCAGUCCCAAAAGUGGCACAUCCUCUGUGGGCACAAAGCAGGGGAAAGGGGCCACGGAGGUGUCUGUGAGUACGCACAACGAGCUGAAUGGGAAGAACUUGGUUGGGUUGGAUGGAAACCAGGCGGGAGACAGCAGGAUACCAGACGGGAAUGGGAUCAAGCCUAAGGGGCUCCGACCAAAAGUGCGAUUCAGUGACAAACGAGAGGAGAUCAUUCGCCAAGCGUCUGAAGAGGAAGGGGCUCCAGGGAUUGACUUCCAGGACGAGGAUCAGCUGGCGUGUUGUAGUCCGACGAGGGGUGAGAGUGAAAGGGGGGAGAGCAUAGUCGGUGGAGGUGAAACGGAGUUCACCAAUCACAAGGUAGAUUUGCCACCUAGUCCAUCCUCGUCACACAGCUCCGAGUAUGAAGGAGUCACCUCAUUGGACAGGAGGAGGGUCGACAGCUGCCAAUCAGAGACUGAAUCAGAAGAAGAGGAGGAAGAGGAGGGGGCGGAGGAAGUAGGAAGGGGCUAUACAUUUGAAGAUGAGUUUGAUGAUGAAAUUGGUCUAUAGGGGAUCAGUACGGUUUCCCCUUGAAAAAAGAUUUUUGCUGUCAAGUAAAUCAAGUAUACUGUAUUUUCCUAAACUCAUAAUUUCAGUAUCAUUUGAAUGGGAGGCGUAAACCGUAUGCAAACUGGAUUUUUCAAGACUCAGUGAAAGCUUCACAGUUCGACGAUGUUGCUCAACUGGAAAAGACAGUUGAUGUUUUAGCUAUAAGGGUAACAGAUUUGCAAAAGACGUGUCAUUAUGAUGAGAAAAACCAAUGUGUCAUGUAGGAUAUUACAGUGAAAGGUUUGUAGCACUUUGAUUUAUUUCAUUUGCCUUGAAGCUUUGCUAUAAAACUGAUGCUCAGUGGAAAUUUGAUUCAGGCUAAUGACACUCUGUUUAUUUUUACUUUCUUAUAUUUGCCAUAUAAAGCUUUAUUGAGCUUUAUGUUAUAGUGCCUUAAAGGGAGCUGUAUGCUUACAUUAUUGUACCCAAUGUCUUAAUAGUUAUUUUUCAUAUUGCAUGUUUAUUACAGUCUCCAUGUCUUGUCUCUUGAUGUUGAAGCUUUACAAAUGGUUCCCAGAGACGCGUCAGAAAAUAAAUGUAUCCUGUGUUUGUGUAAUUACUGUGAAUUUGUCACAUUCCAAGUCUGACAGCGCAGUUUCUCUGCUUCAGACCAAAUCACAUCUGGUUUCAUAGUGCAGUUAUUUAGCAAGUUACCAAAGCUUUUCUUUGGGCUAUGGGGCUGGACUAAAUCUAAAAUGCAAAGACAAUCACAGGAUUUAAAUUUCAAUUGUAAACCAGGACCGGUGGUAUAUUUUUGUACGCGUUUUCUGCUUGUAUUACGCCUGUUUUUGAGAAAUACUUCAUAAUGCUGUAAAAGAGGGAGACAUCUGUUGAAAAUGCUGGUUUAAACACACGUGUUAGCCUGUGGUUUAAUACGGAAACAAUAAAACAAUUAUUGGGAUUUAAAAAUA